GUGCUAGAACUAUGUGCGGCCAACCGUCGUGUUCAGACCCAUUGGCCUUGAUUCUUCAUCCUACAGGUAAAGGAACCCGUCACAAUGACGAGAUUUUCUUGCACGGUUCCUCUGGGUGACCCGCAGCAUGCAAACAAGACCGUGCCCGAGCGCUUGUCUGUGCGCCGUUCAGCGAUCAAAGGCGCCCAGUACGGCGUGUUUACCCUGAAGCAGCUGCCCAAGAGGCUGUGCUCUGGACCGUACGAGGGCGUCAAGGUGGACAACACGCCGCAAACGGGUACAUUUGGCAGAUUCGCAAAAGCGGCCAAGUUCCGCCAGGACAGCCGCCCGUUGGAUCGUUUUAUCUGGUUACGCUAUGUCAACUGUGCUCCCGAGCAGAGUCAACAGAACCUGGUGGCGUUCGUGCACCACGGUGCCGUCUACUACCGCACCUGCAGGGUGGUGAACAUCGCAGAGAAACGAUUUCACCAAGCAACUGGGUCUCAUCGGCAACACAGGGGCACAGAACGAUGUAUUGUCGUUCAUUUGUCUACUGGCUGUUUCACUUAAUUUUAACCAAGCCUUUCAAGAGAGUUGUUUAUCUUAGGCAACUGCUAUCAACGACAUUGUGUUAGUCGUCUUGAUUUUUUUAGAGUGCUCUUGAGGUUUUUUUGAAGUGCUGUUAUUUAGCUACUCAGCUAAGUUGAAAAAAAGGCAAGCUAAAUAUUCUUUUCAGGAACAAGCUUAUUUGAUAAAGUUUCAGAGAAGCUAACGUAGCAUACAACAAAGUUUUUCUCAGUGCUCGCCCGAUAUAAUGAAAAUAUUUUAUGGGCAUUCCUUUAUGCGAUUCGUAAGUUACCGGAGCGGCACUACGUUCAUGGCUGUUGCAGGAAUUGGCCGGCCGUGAUUAGUUGCUGAUAAGAAAUAGAAUCAAGCCAGGAAAGGAGUACCAC